UGUAAACAAGAAAAUGAAACAAAAAAAAAGAUUGACAAUUAAUUGAUUUGGUUUGGAUGUUUAAUUGAGUUGAUUGUGUUUGAUUUUUUAUUUAAUAGAGAAAAUAAGUUAUGGCAGAUAUUUUAAAAGUGGAUAAUUUAACCAUUGACGAAAAAGAAUCAAGUGAAAUUGAAUAUAUUAACUAUGAAUCUGAGCUUCAAAUGCCUGAUAUCAUGAGAUUAAUUCAGAAAGAUUUGUCAGAACCUUAUUCAAUUUAUACUUAUCGAUAUUUUAUUCACAAUUGGCCACAAUUAUGUUUCCUAGCAUCUUACAAGGGUAAAGUGGUCGGUGCGAUUGUUUGUAAAUUAGAUUUACACAAGAAAUCAGUUCGUCGAGGUUAUAUCGCCAUGUUGGCCGUGGAUAGUAAUUUUCGAAAUCGUCGAAUUGGUUCAAAUUUGGUUCUACAUGCAAUUGAAGCAAUGGUACAAGGAGACGCCGAUGAAGUUGUUCUAGAAACCGAAAUAACUAAUCAAUCAGCUCUUAAUUUAUAUGAAAAUCUUGGUUUUGUUCGUGAUAAAAGGUUAUUUAGAUACUAUUUAAAUGGUGUUGAUGCUCUUAGAUUAAAACUUUGGCUUUAAUUGUGAACCUAAACAA